AUGUUUCAAGAGUCACUGCCAGGUGUUGGAUGUGGUAUUGAAGUGCCAUUGGUCGCAUCGGACUUGCAUGUAACGGAUACCACAAUGGAAUCAUGUGCCAGUUUACCUCAGGACCUGAACACUAAGACUAAUCCAUUGGGAAUGGGAGAGGCCAAGGAGAGGAAUCUGUGGACAGUGCAGGGGACUGUUGACAAUAAGACUGAAUCAUCUCCUUGUUACUUGCUCACUGUAAGAGUCAUAAGGGCGAGGAAUCUCCAUCGGACAGAUGCCUUAAGCCAAUCUGAUUGCUAUGUGACCCUCUGGCUGCCGACAGCUUCAGCCGAAAAGUUCUGGACUAAAACCAUCAACAACUGCAAAGACCCAGUCUGGAAUGAAACCUUCUACUACAGGAUCCAGAGUCAGAUCAAAAAUGUGCUGGAGCUGGGUGUCUACGAUGAGGAUGAUGUUACCCAGGACGAUCACCUCUUCACUGUGCGCUUUGAUGUGGCUAAACUUCCACUUGGAGAAAGAGUUCUCAUGUACUUUAAGUCUGACCCACAGAGAAAGGAGGAGUUGGAGGUGGAAUUCAGACUGGAGACUAUUUCGGAUCCCUCUGAAACCAUCGUGACUAAUGGAGUUCUAGUGUCUCGCAAAGUCUGCUGUUUGGAAGUUCAGGUGGAUGAGAAGAAGAGGGAAAAGAAGAGGAAGCCUUCAUCACGGAAAGACAUCUCCCUCACAGUGAAAGGAUCCCAUGAAGAGACCCAAGACCUUACAUUGGCCUCUGAUCCCAUCAUUAGAUCCUCAUGUCCCACUAAGUUUCACUAUGUCAAGUAUAAGCAGCCAGCAUUGGAUGUUAUUCUACCAAAGCAGAAACCACGUUACUCCUUUCGUAGCUGUUCCUAUAACACAAAGGCAGACUCACCAAAUGUGGCUCUCAAUUCACUUCCCACAGGAGAGAAAGUAACAAUAGCAGAGGAUAAAAAAUUUGAUUUGUAUGUGAAGGCUACAGACUGCUCAGAAGACCUAGACGUGCGUUUGGGGUUUGACUUGUGCACAGAGGAACAGGAUUUCCUCUGUAAAAGGAAGAACUAUGUUGCUGCUGCUCUGAAAAAGGUUCUCCAGCUAGAGGAGGACCUGCAGGAUGAUGAGAUUCCUGUGGUGGCAAUCAUGACAACAGGUGGUGGAAUGAGAUCACUGACAACGACAUAUGGCAGUCUAUUGGGUCUCAAGAAGUUAAAUGUCAUAGACUGUGCUAUGUACCUGACUGGCUUGUCUGGCACGACAUGGACUAUGGCAAAUUUGUACAGAGAUGCUGAUUGGUCACAGCAGGAUCUGUCUGGGAAAAUCAAUGAAGCUCGAAAACAUGUGACCAAAUGCAAGAUGGGUUCUUUUUCCAUGGAGCGUAUGAAGUAUUAUAACAAGCAGCUGUGUCAGCGGAAACAAGAAGGACACAGGACAUCUUCUAUAGAUCUGUGGGGGCUCAUUGUUGAAUAUUUGUUACAUGAUGGGAAAGACAACCAUAAACUCUCGGAUCAGCGACAGGCAGUGGAUCAGGGUCAGAACCCACUGCCCAUCUACGUGGCAAUCAAUGUCAAGGACAACUAUAGUACUUUGGAUUUCAAAGGCAUGUGGAGUAGUUUAUUUUCCCUGAAUCUGUUAUAUAUCUGGAAUUUGUCCCACACUUCAGAGGACUUUUGGCACAGGUGGACCCGAGACAGAGUAAAUGAUAUUGAGGAAGAGCCCGUCCUACCUAUGAGGCCACACGAACAGAAGACUCAAGUAUUCACCACGGCAAGCCCCCUUUCCCGUGUUCUUCGUGGUGCCAUUACAGAGCGCACGUCAGUUGCCCAGUACCACAGUUUCCUGAAAGGCCUCCAGCUGCAUAAUGACUACCUAGAGAAUGACAAGUUUUGUAGAUGGAAAGAUACUGUGCUGGACACAUCACCCAACCAGCUGACUGAAACAGCAGAAUACCUGUCCCUGAUAGAUACUGGAUUCUUCAUCAAUACCAGCUGCCCUCCACUUUUGAGGCCAGAGAGGAAAGUGGAUGUUAUCCUGCAUUUAAAUUACAGUGCAGGAUCACAGAUACUGCCUUUGGACCAGUCCUGUAAGUACUACUCAGAACAAGGAAUCCCAUUCCCCAAAGUUGCGCUGAGUGAAGAAGAGAGGAAAAACCUAAAGGAGUGCUACCUCUUCGACGAUGCCGAGACUCCAGGAGCUCCUAUAUUGCUAUUUUUCCCAUUAGUGAAUGACACCUACCAAAGUUACAAAGCACCUGGUGUGAAGCGCUCCAGCUUAGAGAUGGAGGAGGGCAAAGUUGAUCUCACCAGUCGCUUUUCCCCCUAUUCUACAUAUUCAGUCACAUACAAGGAGCAAGAUUAUGAUCAGCUGGUUAAACUGACUGAGUACAACAUCCUGAAUAACAAACACCUGAUUCUUCAAGCCUUGCGUACAGCAGUGGAACGGCAAAAGCGACAUAAAAAAUAGUCACCAUGCCAAGUGCCUUUAUC